CACUAGCCUACUGGCAAUGGAGGAGUGAGGAAACUUCGCCUGUCAAAAGUGCAGAGGCAACAUUACCUUUUGUACUGUGCCAAGUCCAAUGAUCAACACGGCCUUUGUAAGUGAUCGCAUAGCAAUUUGUGCACAGAGCAGUAGAGUGCACGGAGGCUGACGAUCGGGAGAGAGAACUAGUGUUGUCGUAGAAUAGAACAAGUUCUAGGUUGUUUUUGGGGGGGCGAUUGUUUCCAAUAUGUCCGGGAAUCCCACAUUUGUGAGUCCCUUCCACAGACCCCGCUGUUUGGCCGCCGCCGCACCAGCAGGGAAAGCCAAACUCACCCACCCGGGCAAAGCCAUUCUAGCAGGUGGUAUUGCUGGAGGAAUAGAGAUCUGUAUUACAUUCCCUACAGAGUAUGUGAAGACUCAGCUGCAGCUGGAUGAGAAGGCCAACCCUCCCAGAUAUAAAGGCAUUGUUGACUGUGUGAAGCAGACGGUAGACGGUCAUGGGGUGAGGGGUCUGUACAGAGGGCUCAGCUCACUGCUCUAUGGCUCCAUACCCAAAGCAGCUGUCAGGUUUGGUAUGUUUGAGUUCCUCAGUAAUAAGAUGCGUGAUGAGAACGGGAAGCUGGACAGUACCCGGGGUCUUCUCUGUGGUCUGGGGGCAGGAAUGGCUGAGGCUGUGGUGGUGGUCUGCCCCAUGGAGACGGUCAAGGUGAAGUUCAUCCAUGACCAGUCGUCAGCCAACCCGAAGUACCGGGGAUUCUUCCAUGGAGUCAGGGAGAUCAUCAGAACAGAAGGCCUGAGGGGGACGUACCAGGGUCUGACAGCCACGGUACUGAAACAGGGAUCCAACCAGGCCAUCCGCUUCUAUGUCAUGACCUCUCUAAGGAACUGGUACAAAGGUGAUGACGCUAACAAGGCCAUUAACCCUUUGGUCACGGGAGCAUUCGGAGCCUUCGCUGGAGCUGUCAGUGUGUUUGGAAACACUCCUCUUGAUGUCAUCAAAACCAGGAUGCAGGGUCUGGAGGCUCACAAGUACAAAAGCACCCUGGACUGUGCCGUCAAGAUCAUGAAGCAUGAGGGACCUAAAGCGUUCUAUAAGGGUACAGUCCCCAGGCUGGGCAGGGUGUGUAUGGACGUAGCUAUCGUCUUCAUCAUCUACGAGGAGGUGGUGAAGGUCCUUAACAAAGUCUGGAAGACGGACUAAGACCACAUUUGUGACGACCAGCGGAGCAGAGAACAGCCGGGAAGACGGGGCUGGCCCGCUGACAUCAUAACUAUGGCCUGAUUCCAAACCCAAUCCUUUCCUUAGGUUAUCCAUGACUAGCAACAUCCUCACAGAUCUGACAUGACUCUCUAUAUUUCAUUCCAGAAAGUUGUUCUCUGUCCCCUACCCUUGUUUACUUUGGUAGUUGAGUGCACUUCACCUAAGGCGCUAUAGGAUUCUAUUGGGGAUACUACUAUCAUAUUGUUUAUACCUACUGUCUCUGAUCUUCUUAAGAUCCGCAAGGGGGAGUUAGCAAGGGCAUAGGGGGUAGGGUGAGGGAUUGGGCCUAUGUGACUGAAAUAUGUGAACACUGUGUCAUUCCAGAGAAGUGUCGUAGACCGACGGUGCUUCAGUUCACUAAUGGCAAUUAUUAACAUCUUAUGUUGUACGUUAACAUACUUGACUUAAUCAAAAAUGAAACGAUACUUAUAAACCCCCAAAUAAUGUGAUGUAGAUCAACAGAAAAUACUUGAAAUGAGAGAGGAGGAGGCUCACAGAGGCUUUUAACUCCAAAGGGCACCGUGUACAUUUUAACAGGAGAUGGUAUUACCCAGGGAAAUGGGUCUGGUAGAGAUCAUUGUUUUACCCUAAUAGCAGUAUAACAGACAUGUAUGUUUGUUCAUGUGUCAUAUGGGUGUUAUUGUCCAGGUUUAAUGCAGGUGAAAUGUUUUAGCUGCUUUACAUACCUGAGUGCUAUUACAUCACAAUGCCUUAUAGAUCAUUAUAUUCAGAGAUAUCUUUAUGGUAGAAAGCUAUUAUAUGUAGUAACCAUGAUUGUUGUGACCAUAGAAUUAGAACUCUGUGUUUAAUUGCUACUCAUUCUACUAAUUCUAUACUGGUGAAGACCCUGUUUUUGGUGUCUGUCAAAUACAGAGAUGUACAUGUCAUACGGUAUACUCAGACAUUCUGCAGAAUGCACCAACACUUUUUAAGUUAAUUCCAUAAAAACAAUGACCAAGAUUGAGAUGAUGGUGGUGAGGGUGAUGGACUUUGCAGUUAUAUAUUUACAUAAUGAUUGUUUUUUUGGGGGGGGUGAAUGUUGUAGGAAAGUGCCUGCAAAUGUAUCUUAUGAUUGUUUUAUAAAUCUGAUAUAAGAUGUCUAGUGUUACUAAUGUCUAUAGUUGAAAUGUUUAAUGUUGUAUGUCUUAGCUGGGUCAGUUCUUCAUUACUGUCAUACAGUAUGACACAAUAACACUUAAUUGUUGUUUUUUAUUUAAUAUAGACAGUAACACAGUGCAAUGAGGCCUUGCUGAGAUGUUUUUAUUGCCAAAUAUGAUCAGAUCUACUGGGACUAGUUGGCAGUAUAGCUUACCAGACAUCAUCGUAAUGCAGCCUUGAGUAAUUCAAUGUGAUGAGAUUUUGUCUGGUAAUGUUCCCUGGCAGUAUUAGAGUAGUCUUUAAUUUACAAUUUAUGCUUACAUAUUUUCUUGGUGGUGGACACUGAUUUUUAUUUAAAAUGACUAGAUUUAUAUUCAGGGUGGGCUCCAGGCAUAAGCGACAAGCUCAGUCAGGGUGUCAACUUACUUUGGAGAGUUAAAAUACACAAGGUGCAAGUUCGAAAUUUGGUUGUGCAUCAACAAUUGUUCUAUUAUGUCAGUCACUAGCUAGGUUUCCAUCCAAUUGGCGACAGAUUUUCAUGCGAAUAUCCUAGAAUCCGCAUAAAUAAAAUAUGUGCAUUUUC